GGCCUUGCUUGGCACACGGAGGAGAACAAGCUGAGAGAGAAGUUUGAGGAGUUCGGCCCCGUUGAGGAAGCUGUUGUUGUCAAGGACCGCGACACUGGUCGCAGCCGUGGCUUUGGCUUCGUUCGGUUCGAGAAUGAGGCCGAUGCCAUCGCGGCCAUUGAGAACAUGAACAACAUCGAGUUUGACGGACGGACGAUCCGUGUUGACAAGGCUGCCGACAGUGGUCCGCGAGGCGGCGGCGGACGUGGUGGCGGCGGAGGCGGUUACGGCUACGGCUCGCCCCGUGGUGGCGGCUAUAACGGUGGUGGU